AUGGAAACGCUGACAGUGCAGACUCUCUGCGGCGCCCUCGCGGGCGUCCUUGUCUCUCUGGUUUUCGGCUCGCUUGGCGACGCGCCUCUCCUCGCCACGGCCUCUUCGCAGCAGCUGCAGGCCCUAGAUGCCAUGUUCAUGAACUUGACCACCCGCGCGGAGAUUUUGGAGCGCAUCGGAACUCUCCGCUCAGGCACCUCGGAUAACGGGAAAAGUGAGAUGGGCACAAGCGCCAGGGCCGCUGACGUCGACUUGGGUGCCCUCUGCACACUCCAGGCAGGCGAGGUGGCGGACAGCGACGACGUCCUCAAGGUCUCCUCCGCAGUCAAAGGUGGCACUGAGCAGCGCGCCGAGCACACGCGCAAGCGGUCGGACGAACGCAUUCUCGCGCUGGAGACGCCUCCGGAAAAGGCCCUGGAGAGCGACCGGCGAGCGGCGCGCGUGUUCCGAGAGUUGGCUAAGGAGCAGCUGGAGCAGACGUUGGCUGCCGACAUCGAAGACCAGACCAUCUUCCUCUUCGGCAUUUCCAAGGAAGUUAUCGCCUACGCAGAAAAAGCGAGGCGCGUGAUUACCAUUGAGAAGGAGCCUGAGCUCUGCGACAAGUUUCUCGCAUCCGGCGUCGGCGUAUGCUCGCUCAAGGAGAAUGUUCACCUUUUCUGCAUGAAGGAAAACCACGAAGAGGAGCGAGACCGCCUCAUGGCUGUCUACUCCAAGGCCGAAAAACUCAUUCAAGACCAGUACAACGACAUUCCGUUGGACGUCGUGCAGUCCGACAUGCGGUACCCAGUUGCGCUGGCGCUGAAGCUUUUCGAAGAGAUUGAUCAGUCCACGACUCUGGUGCUGCGCCACCGCUUAAGCCAUGCUGCGCUGGAAGCACUCGGAAAGUACUUCCGCCAAAUUCUUCUAGUUCUUCCCGAUCCUCUCGACCCUGAUAUGACCUCCUCUACGGCAUACGUGCUUCUUCGCAAGAGGUACGUGCCGAAUCCGCCGCCGGACCUCUGGGAGUCCUACGUGAGUCCUGAGUGGCGGCUCGACCCAAAUGAAGAGCCCCUGAUUCGGUUCAAACGCCUUGUCGAGGAGGUAUCCGAGCGUUUCAAGGACGAAUUGAACGAGCUCGAAAACACGCGCGUCGGCAUUCAGGCGCGCACGAUACGAUCCCACUACCACUUGGCGACUGACACCGCGAGAAAGGGAGACGUCGAGUUCAUUGAUGAACUUCAGACGUUGAUGAGUGACCCGAAAACAACGCUCCAUAGCGUCCAGGCCUUGUUUAAGAGAAGGUCACAGGAGGUGGCGGAUUUGGAGCGGAAUGCGUCGGUGCUGAAAGAGUAUUUCGAUCUGUUAGAUAAGGCAAUCGCCGGGAUGCCUGAGGAGCCAAUGAAGCACUUCCUUGGGGACAUGCAGAACGACUUCAUUGUGGCCACAGGCAGAAUCGAUACGACUGAUAGCCAGCUGGAGUUGCUUGAAGAUGUUCUAGAACUUCUGAACCCGAAGCUAUUCUCGAGCACGCAGUUGCUGCCGCAGUCGCUUCAUGCCCUUCGCGUGGCGGUGGCCUCUUUGAACGACGUCACGGACGCCAGUGUACUGGUUGCCGACAUUGAAAAAUCUGUUUUUCGGGAUGUUGACCCUGCCACUAUCAUCAAGGCGUAG